ACGUGGAAAUACGAAACGAUAAUUCUUCUAUCAGUUAAGAAAAAAAUAUAAUACGUUAACCAGAUCAAAUUCAUGUAACCAAUAUCAAUUGCAUUGGUAUACAAUACGCCACCAUUUUACAGUUGUGAUGGCUAGUCUGGGAAGUCAGGCUCCCCAUUGUCUCAAGUAUGCCAUCUUCGCUGGCUCCUCUAAGGAUUCGAAAAUGGACGAGAAAGUGCUGAAGUAUGUUGUGAAAGUUGUACGAGACACUAGACACGACACACUUCUGUUCGGCCCUGAUAGCAUGGACGUCCCAUUUGUGAAGAAGCCAGUGCACUAUUACAGCGACAGAUCCCAGGCGCCGGAGUGGCUGAGGGACGCAGAGAAGAAGCUGGAACAGUGUGAUGGAUUCAUCUAUCUCUGUCCAGAGGUCAACAGGUCCAUUCCACCCAACCUGGCCAACUUCAUUGACCACUUUGGAUCUAAUAUUUACCAAGCGAAGCCGGCUGCAAUUAUUACUUAUUCAGACAAUGACUCUUCUGGUAGUAUUUGGGUGUCUAAUCUCCUUAGUAUUAAACUCAUGUCACUAAGUGCUCAUAUCCUGCCCUGUUUUCUUCACAUACCCCGGCAAAAUAUUCCCUCCGAUCAUGAAGAUGAUUCAGAAAAGAAUUCUUCGGAACAUUCGACCGAAAUUGGAGCUACCGCUGUGAAAAAUGGAGAGGCUGGUAGCACGAAGCAAUCACGUGCUUCUACGAGUGACACUAAAUUACAAAUGUGUAGAAUGAUUGAACAAUUUGAUUGGCUGGCGAAAGCCCUCGCAUUUCGUAAAGAAGGAAGUCCUUUUCCGAGCAAGGGCCCGUCAAAUCUGAGUGUUCGGUUCGAGUAGCAUGUCGUGCAUGUUUACACUUUUGAUUUCGAAUUAUCUCAUACCAGAAAAAAAUCAUAAUUUUAGUUUAUACUAAUAUAUAGAUAUAGACAACUUUGUUCAUAUCGUUUUAACUACAACUAUU